GAUUUUUAGAAUUUCAAGAUGUUUACUGAAAAGCAUGAAGUUCAAUCGAAACCUUACCGGACGCUGGAGCCUCAAUCCGUCAGCCAAACGGUGAGCGAACAUCCAACGUUAAUCCAGAAUCCUCCGGCAGGCCGUGAGCAGAAAGGCAACCUCAACGAAGCUCAAGAAAUCCAGAGAGAGGUACACGAACUUCGUCGUCGUGAUGAGGAAGAACAUCGCCGCAAGCAACGAAGUGCUUUGAAUAGAUUUGAACAGCAUUUGAAUCAAAAUGGAGGAGAUUUAUCUCCCAUUUUGACUCAGCCAAGAUUGCCCACUGAAAUGCGAUGCAUUCAACUAACGAGCUUCGGACUGGGCAAGAACAUCAACGUCGCCAAAAUUCAACUGCCGUUACCGAUGAAGCAUGAAGUGCUCAUCCGCUCCUAUUGCUGCGGAGUGAAUUUCAACGAUAUUAUGACCCGCAACGGAAUGCUGGACAAUUGGGUACGUUCAUUGAAAGCGCCUUUCACCAUGGGAAGUGAAGUUGCUGGUGAAAUCGUUGGACUGGGCAAGAACGUCACGGAAUUGAACUUGGGUGAUCGAGUUAUGGCUCUGCCUGAGCGUCGCGGUUGGGGCGAAUACGUCGUUUGUCGCGUGGAACAUUGUUUCAAAAUCCCAGAUCAAAUGAGCUACAAUGAUGCAGUAGCUUUAACCGUGGACGGCAUAGUGGCCCAUUCUUUGUUGUUCCAGAUGGGCAAUCUCACUCCGGAGAAAGCCAUUCUUCUGCACUCGACCCCCGGUGGACUGGGAAAUAUGGUGACUCAAAUGGCUAGCACCGUUCCAGACACCUGCAUAUUCAAAAUUGCCAGUGAAAAGGAAGAAGGGCAAAUACUGACGUCAGACCAAUUCGUCCAUUACAUCGGACAUGACAGCGAUUACGUUUCAGAGAUCCGUCACAGUUCGCCGCACGGAGUUGAUCUCGUACUCGAUUGUCAGUACGAGGAUAAUUUUCAUCGGGAUUUUAAUCUGCUGAGACCCAUGGGCAGGUAUGUCAUCUUCGGAACUCAAGCUGUAAUCAAUCGUGGAUUCUUCGAUGCCGCGAAAUCCUGGUGGGGACAAGAGAAGAUCUCCCCGUUGAAACUCUACGAGGAGAACAAGAGCAUCUGCGGCUUUAACUUGCGUAACCUGCUUUACUUCCAAAAGGAUCGCCCUUAUGUCCGCGAAGUAUUCUGCAAAAUUUGCAAAAUGUGGCAAGACGGCCAAAUCAAACCCGUUGUGGAUUCCGUCAUUCCAUUUGAUGACUUGGGUGAAGCGUUGCAGCGUCUGCAAGAAGAUGGGCAAAAUGGCAAAAUCAUUUUGGAUCCUACGACGACUAAAGAAAGGCACGAAGAGCCUGAUUACUAUGACAUGGCUGAAAAGAUUGUGAAGCAACGACACUGGGAUCAGAAACCUUUCCUUAACAAGUUAGGCUUACCCGAACCGGACGAGUUGGUCAGAGAUGAGCAAUUGGUUAAGGAAGAACAAGAGAGGGCCCAACGUGAAAAGCGUGAGGAGAUUGAAAGGAAACUACGUGAACAACAGCGAAAGAUUGAAGAUCAACAACAACAAUAUUACGAGCAGGAAUUGAUGAAACAAAUGCAAAGAGAGCAGCAAUUCUUAACCGCUGCUCCGACACGGCCAGCAAUUGGUCAACAAGCUCCUCAAUUUGUCGAGGCCCAAACGGUUCCCCAGACUUAUGAAGUCCGCACAACUAGUAAAGGAUCCGGCGAACCUCCAAUUGUUUAUGAUCCUUCAUCUGGAAAAACAAUUUACAACGUUACUGAAACUGUAACCACCCCAGUUGUACCUGUUGUCCAGCAAACGACUCCUGUAGAAGUUGUAACACCUGUAGCAACGACUGUGACCAACGUAGCAACUACGACUGAGCAGUUGCCUUCAGCUCCGGUGCCGACAACAACCGAGACAGGAAGAGAAGCCAUCCUCACCAAAGAGAAAGGCAUGUCGUUUGUUAAUCGUCGUUCUUAA